UUGAAGAAAAUCGACACGUAAGGGGAAUGCUACGCGUGUCCUACUCUAACCUCUUCUUAUUACUUCUACUCUCUCUCACUCAUUCCCCCCCUCUCUCUCUCUAAACCGACCAGACCAGUACAGGAUAUUGAAGAAGAAGAAGAAGAAGAAGAAGAAAAUAGUAGUAAUUAAUUAAAGAUGAGUAGCAAUAUGGAGACACGAACACUGCUGGAUGAGUUUCGCAGCUUUGACAAGGGCGGUUUCUUUGAUCUCGGUCACCCUCUCCUCAACCGCGUCACCGAAAGUUUCCUUAAAGCCGCUGGUAUUGGAGCGGUUCAGGCCGUGUCUCGCGAGGCUUUUUUCACCACUGUUGAUGGUACGGGUGGGGAUACUGGCGGUUUACCACCGGAGAUAACAGGUAGCAAGAAGCAUCGUUUUCCAGAUCUCAAAGGAGAAAACAACAGAAAGUCUAUUGAAGCCUUGGUGAAGAGUACUGGAAAAGAAUCUCUACAGUGGGGAGUGGCUGCAGGAAUGUACUCUGGUCUCACCUAUGGGCUGAAAGAGGCUCGUGGAACUCAUGAUUGGAAAAACAGUGCUGUUGCAGGAGCAAUUACAGGGAUGGCACUGGCAAUCACAUCGGAUAAUUCUUCCCAUGAGCAAGUUGUGCAAUGUGCCAUUACUGGUGCUGCUAUCUCCACUGCUGCGAAUCUCCUUGCCGGGAUAUUCUGAGCUGGUGAUGGGGCAACACAACACGAGCCUACCUACGAUUGUAGUUGCCUUUUUGUCUAUUUUAAUGUUCAAAGAACAUAAUGCCUUGAGUUUUUGUCUUGGGAUUGAUAUUUUGUUUCAAAAUUAUGGAAGUUCUAGCUCCCUACUA